AUGAAGUUUUUUGAUGGCCCCAAAGCACCAAAACCAGAAGAACACGUCCACAUGAACUCAACAGCAGUUAAAGUCAACUUUUACGCGUGGCGUGACGGCGGCUGUCCUAUAUUAGGAUUCCGAGUCGCAUAUCGACGGGCAGGCGAUGAACAUUGGAUUAAAGUUGGUGAAACUUUAAGCGCUGCCAGUCACGUCUUAGGAGAUUUGACUCCAGGGACCUGGUACGAGGUGAUGGUCGAAGCCUGGAGUGACGCUGGAGUAGAGCGUGUCACAUUGCUCGCUGAUACACAUACCUUAGCUGGAGGUCGCAUCCCGCCAUUACAAACAGCCUCUCCACCAGUGGGUAGCGCAAGAUCAGCAGGACUACGAACAGUUCUAGUCUCUUGCGCUGCCAGUGCUGUAGUUAUUGUAGCAGCGUUAGCAGCGUUGCUUUGCCUUUUACAUGGACGGAGGAAACUUUUCUGUUUCUCAAGCGAUCAUUACUUAAGAGACAACAGAAAGCUGAGUGAGAGCAACGAAGCGGAAAGAGAAAAACUCAGAGAGGGCCAAAAGCUGUAUUCGUCUUCCUCUAUCAAUGGGAAUGAAAAGUCAAACGACGACUCUUCGGCAGAAUUAUACGAAAUAAGCCCAUACGCUACGUUCGGCGGUGCUGCGGCCCAUUCUUUGCAGUUCCGAACGCUAGCGAGAAGGGAUGACGAUGCGCCGGCGCCACAUCGCCGACGGAGAGCGUGCGAUCAUUACAGAUAUGAUGAAUCAAGUCUUUCAAAGUGCUCAACGGUAGAGGCAAGGCAUAGGCUGCGAGCACCCCCCGCGCCUCCCGGGUGGAGAGAGCGGUCUGACUCUGAUGAUUACAGUGACAGUGCUGCCAAUACUACCACUAAAGGUAAUCACUAUGAUCAAUCCUUUAGUCCACUUCUGCUUGGUUUCCUAAUUAUCAUAAAUAUUACUAUUAACAAAAAAAAUGUAACGUUACAAGGAUCGGGCGGUUCUGGUGGAGGCAGCGCUUACGGCAGCGGGCGGCGCACUGCCAGCAGCGGAGGCCCGGCCGGGAGCGACGGCCUCUCGGGGUGCUUCGCCCCAAUACCCCCUGAUAUAUCUUCAUUAAUUGAUAAGUACCAACAACGCAAGGAACAAGAGAGGCGAGAGUGUACAAUACACGUGUAA